AUGAACACCUUUUUCCCAACUUCUGAUUUCACUUUAAAAUCAGAACUGCGAUUCGCUCGGAAGACUGUCCCAUCACGUCAGAACUGCACCGUUGCACUCACCCCGCUUGAAGGCCCUGUCCCCACCAGGACUGCAUCGCUGCCCUCACCUCAACGAUCGCAAAUCUUGACUACAUCUAACAAAGACCGCAAAAUACCUGACCCGAGCCGCAUUUGUGCUGUUCCACCGGAUCCGGAACGUCAUCUUCUAGCAAUAACAAAUUAUUUGCUUUCAAAAAAAAGCAAAAUGGUGGAUGUAGAUCAGCUUACCAAUGAAGAGAUUCGAGACCAACUUAUGAGACAUGGUUGUGAUCCUGGACCUGUCGUUGGAAGUACUAGAAAUGUCUAUGCAAAUAAGUUACGGCGUUUGUUAGAAGGAUCAGAUGUUGCGGUACUAUCUGAGAGAACAGCGUCUGACGCCGCAGGAGCUGGAAAUCUUAAAUCUACACCAAAACGUGGAGAUGUAUCAAACAGUUCACAGAAGUCACGCUCACCAAGGCGCGCUACUCGUUCUUCCGCUCAAGAAAUAUCCAGUCUAUCAAAGGUUCAAAAUAUACCGCUAAAUUCUAAGAUAUCGCCUGCGUCAGUGAAAGCUGCGGAUGUUUCUUCAGUGAAUUCACAUAUAAUUUCCGAUUCUAAACAGUUAUCACCGAAGUCGUAUAUUGUUCAACCAUCUGUUCCUGUUCUUCCGAAAUCCCGUGUAGAGCUUGAAUUCGAAACUCGUACAGAAGUCAACACGGUUCCAGAAUCUAACCGUUCUCCAUCAAGAGCAAGUGUAACUUCUGAAUCUGCAUCUCUGGAUGUAAUUUCAAAUUCUUUCAAAAAAUCCACGGUCCCAGAAUCUAACCGUUCUCCAUCAAGAGCAAGUAUAACUUCUGAAACUGCAUCUCUGGAUGUAAUUUCAAGUUCUUUCAAAAAAUCCAAACCUUUCCCAUUUGAAACAGUACCGAAAGUUUACCGUACUACACCUACAACACGUUUCACAUCCUUGCGAGAUAAUUGGGAGAAUGGAAAAAUUAGCGAUGGUUCAGAUGAUGAUUUACGUGGUGAAGAAAGUUCACGUAUUUUGCUGCCUAGUUGGAAAGAGGAUCAUACAUAUUCGGUUCGAUAUGAUUCAAAACAAAACCCAGCGACACGUCGUUCUCUGGAUGAGAAUUCGACAGCUCACUAUAGUCAAACAUCACACUAUAAUUCAGCAGUGUUUGAAAAUUCUUACAAUGGAUACGGAAAUCGACGUAGUGGUUUGGUGGAUAAGGAAAAGACAUCACGAAGCUAUGGAAAAAUCGGUCUCUCUUUUCUUUUCAUUAUCACAACUAUUAUUUUUGUGUUCUUCGUCGUACAGAACUAUGUCGAACUAGAACGUGGUGAAGGUAACAAGGAAGAAUUUUAA